AUGGAAAAUGUUUUUGGCAUCGACCUUCUCAAUGCAGCGUUUACAGCCAUAAUGCCAGGUUAUAUUUUUGCAUUAGAAAAAGAAUAUAAUGAGAGAAAAAAUUCACUUACUCAGCAAGAAGGCAACACUUACCAGCCUAUUGACGUAUAUACGUUUCAUCAAUGUACACUUGUUAAUAAAAUUGACGAACUAAAUGAAAUAUCAUCAACAUCAGAGUCAUUUGAUCAAUUAAAUAGUCAUGACUCUAUGCAAAUUUUUGUAAAAAUGUAUACUGAGGGUAUUCUAUUUGAUAAACAACGACUUAUUUUUGCCAGUAUGUCAUUAGAGGGAGAGAAACCACUUUUUCACUAUGAUAUUAUUAAGAGAUGUACAUUACAUUUAGUCUCAAAUAUUAAUGGCGGUGGAAAGUUCGAUUUCGAUUUUACAAAUAUUGAUGAUAAAGAUGAGGCAUUCAUUCGCGGUGGUGUUGAGUAUCUAAGACCAUGUGGAUGGCGAUGUUUUGCCUUAAACGUUACUGGAAAAUGGCUUGGGUAUUCAUUAAGUAAAGGAGAGAAUUUUGUUCAUGGAUAUGGUAUUUAUUCAACACCUGAUGUGAAUGUUGCUGAAUUAUACGCCAAGGAAUUUGUGCAUGGUGAAGAUAAAUAUCUAGUGAUAAUUCAAAAUCGU